AGCAACAGGCGGCCGGGAGGAGGGGGCGCCGCAGCCUCAUAUUACCGCUGUUUACAGGCUGGAGCGCUGCCACCGAGCACAUGCUGCUUCCCAACAAUCCCCGCGGGCGCCGAUUGGUCGGAGCUGUAACCCGAGCUGCCGCCUCACAUGCUGCCUGAAGCCCUCACAAAGGAUCCAGCCCGGUGACUCCCGGACACCUCAGACAUGGGCUCCAUACUGAGCAGCGACAGAGACCAUAAAGCUGUCACUGUGGACGACCCCAACCCGAGCUACGACUGCGCCGUGUGCCUGGAGGUGCUGAACCGGCCGAUGAGGACACGCUGCGGCCAUGUGUUUUGUCACACGUGUAUAAAAGCCAGCCUGAGGAAUAACGCUUAUGCGUGCCCUUACUGCCGAGCUCACCUAUCAUCAGAAGGGACGCUCGCUGUGGACAUCAUGAAGAAGAUGAAAACUGUAUUUCAGAAUUGUGAGGAAUGUGAAGAAAAGAUAUGCCUGAGUGAAAUGAGAGCGCACUUAAAUAUGUGUCAGCAGUAUAUUAAAAAGUAUGGACCGCUUGAAGAAUUGGGCGGGACCAUGUCCAGAGAAGACACGUAUGCUUGUCCUUUCUGUCCUGUACAUCUAGAGGAAGACGGCCUCAUACAGCACUGCUUCACCUAUCACUCUUCAGAGAGCCGGCUGGUGAGAUGUCCGAUCUGUCACCUGAUGCCAGGAGGAGACUCCAGUUACAACUCAAGUUUCCUCAAGCAUCUUCAUGCCAGACACUCAAUAUACUAUGAAAACUACAUUGAUAUAAACAUAGUGGAAGAGGCACUUAUUGAAAGAGUCCUAGAUCUUUCUUUGAUCCACUUCAUGAGACAUUCCAACCGCUCCUAAGCGUAUUCAGUAUGAUGUAGAA